GGAGGAGACCGGAGCGAAGACGGGCCGCGCCGGGCAGAGGAGGCAAGAUGAAAGCCGGCUGUAGCGUCGCGGAGAAGCCCGGAGGAGGUGGAGGGUAUCAGUUUCCCGACUGGGCCUACAAGACCGAGUCGUCCCCGGGCUCCCGGCAGAUCCAGCUGUGGCACUUCAUCCUGGAGCUGCUGCAGAAGGAGGAGUUCCGCCAUGUCAUCGCCUGGCAGCAGGGAGAGUACGGGGAGUUCGUCAUCAAGGACCCCGACGAGGUGGCCCGCCUCUGGGGCCGCAGGAAGUGCAAGCCCCAGAUGAACUACGACAAGCUGAGCCGGGCCCUCCGAUACUAUUACAACAAGAGGAUCCUUCACAAAACAAAAGGGAAAAGGUUUACGUAUAAAUUUAACUUCAACAAGCUGGUGAUGCCCAACUACCCAUUCAUCAACAUUCGGUCGAGUGGUGUGGUUCCCCAGAGUGCGCCACCAGUGCCAACCGCCUCUUCCCGGUUCCAUUUCCCACCUCUGGACCCCCAUUCUCCACCGAGUGACGUGCAGCCGGGCCGGUUCUCCGCGAGCUCCCUCGCUGCUUCUGGCCAGGAGUCGAGCAAUGGCGCAGAUAGAAAGGGGGAGCUUCCGGAGCUGGAGGACAGCUCAGCCGCCGACUGGCGCCGGGGCGUGGAUCUCCUAUCCUCCCGGAGCGCCAUCGCAGGAGGGCUCGGCCAUCAGAAACGCAAGCCUGACAUCAUGCUUCCUCUGUUCAGCAGGCCUGGGGUGUACCCUGACCCGCACAGUCCCUUCGCGGUCUCUCCACUCCCGGGCCGCGGAGGUGUUCUGAACGUCCCCAUCUCACCGGCCCUCUCCCUGACUCCCACCAUCUUCUCCUACAGCCCGUCGCCCGGCCUCAGCCCCUUCACCAGCAGCAGCUGCUUCUCCUUCAACCCCGAAGAGAUGAAGCGCUACCUGCACUCUCAGGCCUGCUCUGUGUUCAACUACCAUCUGAGUCCCCGGACCUUUCCCCGCUACCCAGGACUCAUGGUCCCGCCGCUGCAGUGCCAGACGCAUCCCGAGGAGUCAGCCCAGUUCUCCAUCAAGCUGCAGCCGCCUCCCGCCGGGCGGAAGAACCGGGAGAGGGCGGAGAGCAGUGAGCCGUCCGGCCCCGGCACCGCGCCCGCCACGGCUCCUGUCCCCCCAAGAAUUAAGGUGGAGCCGGCCUCCGACAAGGAUCCCGAGAGUCUCCGGCCGUCGGGGCGAGAGGAGGAGCGCUUCCGCGAGGAGGGCGCUGUGCCGAGCAGGACCACAGAGGAGGAGAAGGGCACCGUCUUUGCCCGCCCGGCCGCGCCAGUCUGGCCGCCCGGCCCCGCGAGCAGCCCGAGUGCAGAAGCCCUAGAGGUGACUGACGACAGCGAGGACAGGCCUGGCAGAGAGCCCGGCGCGCCUGAGAAGAAGGAAGACGCCCUCAUGCCCCCCAAGCUCCGGCUGAAGCGGCGCUGGAACGGCGCCCCCGGAGCCCGAGAGCCGAGCAAGAGCGGCAGGGUCCUCUGGAGCGGGCCGGGGCCCCGGGGCCUGGCCACAGCCGCCGCCGACGCCUAGGACUGGAAGCGGCUCGGGAGCGGUUUCUCCCGUCAGCAGACGCACACGUGGAUUCAUGUAGCGAGAGGUCAGGGCUGGGGGGAGGGAGGGAGGGAAUUAGACUGGUUUGAUCCUUGUAGGGGCAUAGACUUGUAUUUUCAUGUCUGGGGCAUGGGAUGGGUGUCUUCUGUUGUAAAUUAGGGGGGACGUGAGCACCCUCUUUCCUGGUGAGCAGCACCCGGGAAGGCUGGUGAACUGAAAGGAGGAAGCACCUUUGCUUCCCAGGGAGGAAGCUUCUUACACUUUCUGUCGGACUCCCAGGGGGCCGAGGUGCCCUUGGUCCCGUUGCAGUUCAGGUUCCAGACGUCUUUCUUUUCUAUUGUAUGUAUCUCUGAAAAGCCAUUAAUGAAUUUCUUUUGCUCGGAGAGAGAGGGAGAAGGGAGUAGGGCGCGGCGGGCAGGCUGAGCAGCGAGAGACCAUUACACCAAGUGUGUCGCCUGAAAUGCUUCCGUGUAGUUCCUUUGGGGGGAGGAGUAAGGUAAUCUCAGUCUUGCUGGGACAGGGGGAUGUUCCGAUGUUGCUCUUUUUUUCUUUCUUCCUUUGUUGUUGUUUGGCGUUUUUUCCCUUUCCUUCUCAGAAAACCAGCUGCAGGAAGCAGGAGCCGCGGCGCCGGCCCCGGGGGCUGGGAGGGCCGUGGCGGCGGCGUGGGGGGCGGGCCGCUGGGCUGUGGGCCCCUGGCACGCGCCCCUCCUUCACCUGCUAAGAAGCCAUGAGGACUCGUAAGCUCUCGUUCAGGGAAGAAAGAAGAGGGCGUGAGGAAGUAACCCGAUGCCUUUAAAAACAAAACACAAAAAUGGUCUUCGUUUUUCCUUUUCCAUUGUGGGUUCGGGGAGCCAGACCGCAGCGACUGAGUGCGUCCACCGAGCGGCCUGACCCUGGAGAUGUCUGCGCUGCGUCUGGGUCUCUGACCGGGUCCUAAGUGAAGCCUUAACAGUGAACACACUUUCGUCACGUGCUGCGGGUGUGUCAGCGUAAACCUGUAAAGGGGACGGACAACUCUUAAGACAACCAGGGAUGUUGAGACGUGGUGACCUGUGGACUUGGGGUUCGGUGGUCCCCCUUGACUUCAGGGGGCCGGGGAGCAGAAGGGCGGGAUGGCGGGAGCUCGGGGCCGAGGGAACCCCGAAGCGCAGAAGGUAGCUGGGGUGCAAGGGGAUGUUUGUCGAGGCUGAAGGCGGAGUGGACAGAGAGACACGGAAGGUAGCCAGACGCCAGAGCCUGGUGGGAGUGAAGGAGCCGCGUCUGUCCCGCGGUGGUGCCGUCCCCGCCACGCCCACUUCCCUAGAUUGUUCUCAUCCUCACGAUCCACUCGAUGGCACGGCAGACCAGUGCACAGGCAGGAGCGGUUUCUCCGUGGGAACGCCCCUCCCGUCCGCUCGAAGGACCAGGAAGGUGGCGCUCUUGCCUGAAGCAGAAGGGGCGGCCCGGGGGCAGAGAAGCCAUGGCCGCUCGCCUGUGCGCGCACGUGACCGCGCUGAUGGUGCAUGACCCGUCCGCACGUGCAGUCACGUGCACGUGGAGGUGGUGCCACGGCCACUCACGUCUGCCUGGAGUCAAGGAGAGGGGAGAGGGGAGGGCUGUGUGGCCCACGGAGGCUAGAAGCAGGCCCGGGGCCGCCGUCUAAGGACUGGAGAGACCGCAGCUCCGCCUUAGCCUAAGUAGACCCUGUACCCUGAGCAGCGUUCGGGGUUGUCUGUGAACGGGGUUGGGGACUUUCUGAAAGGAGCCCACGCGUGCGGGGCGGGAAGCGGUCAGCCAGGGAGUGGGUUGACAGGUGGCUCGGGACGACGCGAGUCCGUCGUGCUGUUGUCUGGCCAGCGUCGUCCUUGUUCAGUCCGAUUCCAAAUAGUGACUUGUCUCUCCCGGGGGAAGGGACCGGGAGCGCGGUCUCGCACCAACUCGGGCUUUGGUCGGGCUGCAGAGGGCUCCCUGUUCAGGCUCCUUUUGGUUGGUUACGUUUUUGCCCAUUUCUCUCUCUGCACCUCUUACCUCGGAUGGGAAAGCAAGCCCGGGCGGGUGCGGGACGGCUCUCUGCUGGGCGUUGCCCCGUCUAACCAGGAGGCUGGCUGGCUCCCCGCUCUGUCCGCGAGAGCACAGGGCCGGCACGUGUCGGUACGAACUCAGGAAUAGAAACUCGAGGCCUUUAAAAUAAGAGGGAGAGAAAUCCGCAGGCGGGCCUGGAACCCCUGGAACCCAAGUGCCGGAACUAACUGCUAGAUGCUGCUUGUGUUGGAACAGAAAGUCCCUGCUUUUAACUUGAAAAACCACACUCGAAAAAUGUUCAACUCCAUGAAAAAUGUUUUCCGGCUUUAAGGAAUUGGUUGGUGUUUUACUGUUUCCUCUGACUGGCCUUCCGCAGCGAGUCACUGGUUGAUGUGCACCGCACGCCGGGGCCGGGGCCGGGGCUGGGGGUCCUCCCGCCGCCAGACGUGGGCUUGCUCGGGAAGGGGACCGGGGAUGUGGAAGUCAUCGGCACUUCCUGGGGUAAAGGGGUCGCGGGUACUUUCUCACCUGCCGGACCCGCUCCUGACAGCACCUGUCGCCAGUCGGGCGCAAAGCCAGGCCUUCCUCGCGUGCGUUUCAUCACUGUCCGGCAGCAGAAGGGAAAGGGGGGCUGAGACCAGACCAUUUUCUCCCCCAAGUGUUUCCGAGUUUCGCUGUGCCAAACGUGUAAAACUUUGCAGAUAUAAAUCUUGAAAUUUCAUUAAGAACUUGUUCACGGAAACAGUUUGCUUUUACCGUAGGAGAAAACGGAUCUCUUGAGAACAUCCACUGCUGAGCUCCUUUUUUUUUUUAGGGACGGCUGGGGUGUCCCGUAAGCGACUCCCCAGGUCCCUUCACCCCAGUCUUCAGGCUGCACUGCAUUAAGCCGGCUCGCCAGCUCGCGCGGGGACGCGCUGCGCCCCGGUCCUCCGUGGGCCGCGAGGCGUUCGGAAGCAUUAAAUCACAGUCGAGUACACCACUUCUCACCAAGCGGGUAGUCGGUUGGCUGUUUGUCCCUCGUUUUUUAUUUAUUCCGUGAUUAUGUUUGUACUUCUUGUUUUGUAAAGAGUAAUGGAACGUUUUAAUUUUGCUUAAACAUUUUUUCGAUCCAGUCUUUCAAGAACUGUUCUGUUUUUCACUUUGGGGGUGGGGAGAGUUAUCAGUUCAUUUGUUUUGAAUGCCUGGGCGUUGUUUGAGUCAUAAAAUGGUGAGGCACGGAUUUGUGAGUGAGACCUUCGUGUGUGACCGGGACGUCGCGAGUUGCCCGUGGCAGCGGAGGGAAGUGUGUACGUGUACAUAGGUGUACGUAACCGACUCCAUCGUGCAGUGCCUUUUAGACGUCCCACUUUCUAUACAGUCUUCAGAUUUUCGCAUAUAUAUUAUAUAUAUAUAUAUGAUGUAAUGUUAUAGAGAUGUAUGUAUAAUAUACAUAUUUUUUCCAGGGGUAUCUGAUAGCUCUGUAUUUUGUUAUGGAAGUUGAAAGAAAA